AAUAUAAUGGACUCGGGAGGAGCUAAUACAUUUGUAGUGGAACCAAAAGAUGAAGAAAAGUAAAAAUUGCAUAAAAUUCUUUAGAUUUUAUCCUUCUAAGGUUAGAAAAGUGAUUUAAGAGAUUAUGGAUGACAAAUUAAAAAACGAAACUUAUGAUGUAAACAAUACUCCUAUUCUUGCAGAGGAAUUAGUAAAAAGAAUAAGAAGUAAAGUUAGAGAUUGUAUGAGAAUUGAAUUAAUUAAUAGCCAUCAAAAUGCCUAGAUUCAAAAUAGCAGUAUAAGUAAUUAUAGGGGAAGUCAAAGGAUAAGGAUGUAAAGUUACAUCAAAGAACUUAUGGGAUCCUACAUGGGAUAAUUAUGCAUCAUAUGCUUUUUAAAAUGUAAUUUGAAUUCAAAUAAAUUAAAAAGGAAACAAUUUAUGGUGUGGCAAUAGUCUUUGGGGUCUAUUAUGAAUGAGAU